AAGAGAAAACAUUUUGUUUCAUUCUCACGCGUUGCCAACUCAUACCGCCGGCGUCAACUCUCGCCGGAAUUCUUUCCCCUCCGGCGAGAUUACCGAUGCCGUGUCCCUUCUCUUCCAUUACUUCUCUAUACUUGUCAAUGGAGAACAGGUUCAUUCAUUUCCUAAUACAUGCGCAAGUAUCAUUUCUCUUUUGAGUUCUUCUCUCUUUUUUAAACUAUCAAUCUCUUCAAAGCAUGAAUGUUUUGAGAAUCGUUGAAAAAUUCUUAUGAAUUAUGAUAUGAUUGUUAGUUAGCCUUUGAUUAUGCAUCCAUUUUGCUGCGUUUCAACCGUAAACCAGCAGAAUUCCGUGAAUAUGAUGGAUUCUCCGUUGACUACGUUAUCUAGCGGCGGAACUGGCUCCAGAUCUAAUUCUAUAAGAAAUGAUAGUAAUAAUAAUAAUCUAGUUCUUGGUGGUGAAUAUAAUCGGACUAGUCAGAGGAUGGUGGUGGUGCCGUCUUCAACUUCCACCGCGGAGCAACAGCUCAGCUUGUGGCCGUCGGGGAAACGAGAAGUGAUGCAGUUGGUUUCAGGCGAUCAGCGGGAGCUGAAGAUCAACGAUAUAGUUGGGAAUGGGAUUUCUGGUAUUGUACAUAAGUGGGUGAACUAUGGCAAAGGUUGGCGUCCGAGAUGGUUUGUGUUGCAAGAUGGUGUUCUAUCGUAUUAUAAGAUCCAUGGACCUGAUAAGAUUGUGGUCAGUUCAGAGACGGAAAAGGGAUCGAAAAUCAUUGGAGAAGAGUCGCUGCGAAUCAUCUCCCGUCAUAAGAAUGGAGGUUCUCAGCUUCGACGAAAUCCAAUUGGUGAAAUUCAUCUUAAGGUCUCCUCAAUUCGUGAAAGUAGAGCAGAUGAAAAGAGAUUCUCAAUUUUCACUGGCACCAAAAGGCUUCAUUUGAGAGCUGAAACACGUGAAGAUCGGGUGGCAUGGAUAGAUGCAUUGCAUGCGGUAAAGGAUAUGUUCCCCAGGAUGUCCAACAGUGAAUUAAUGGCUUCUAUGGACAAUAUCUUUGUAUCAACAGAAACGCUUCGACAACGCUUGUUAGAUGAAGGAGUGAAUGAGGCAGCUAUCCUCGAUAGUGAGCAGAUCAUGAAAACAGAGUUCACUCAUUUACAAAACCAGCUUAUGAUUAUCAAACAGAAGCACUUGCUCCUUAUUGACACACUGCGGCAAUUAGAGACAGAAAAGGUUGACCUAGAGAAUACGGUGGUGGAUGAAAGCCAGAGAAACUUGAAAGAGUCCGAGUCUUCAUCCAGGUUAAGGCAAGAAAAAUCGAGUGAAGGAAGCGGAAGUGAAUCUGAAGAUGACAAUGAAAGAGUUGAUGCCGCAGAGGAGGAAACAGAAGAUGAGGAUAAUGCUUUCUUUGAUACUAAAGAUUUUCUCUCAUCAUGUUCUUUUAAAAGUAGUGGUUCCGAUUUUUCUGAAGAAGGCCUUCAUAAUCUUGAAUCUGAAGAUGAUCUUGACCCUUUCAUUAGAUCUGUGGGAAAGAACUUCUCCCAUGUCAAGCGCCGCAGCAAAUUGCCUGAGCCGAAAGAAAAAGAAAAGGGAAUAAGCCUCUGGUCAAUGAUCAAAGAUAACAUCGGAAAGGACCUCACAAAAGUCUGCCUUCCUGUCUACUUUAAUGAGCCCCUGUCAUCACUUCAAAAAUGUUUUGAAGAUUUGGAAUAUUCUUACCUCAUUGACCGUGCCAAUGAAUGGGGUAAAAGGGGGAACAAUCUUAUGAGGAUUCUUAAUGUAGCUGCAUUUGCAGUAUCUGGAUAUGCUUCUACUGAGGAAAGACACUGCAAACCAUUUAAUCCAUUACUUGGAGAGACAUACGAGGCGAACUACCCAGAUAAAGGACUAAGGUUUUUUUCUGAGAAGGUCAGUCAUCAUCCAAUGGUUGUUGCAUGCCAUUGUGAGGGUACUGGAUGGAAGUUUUGGGGUGAUAGUGACUUGAAAAGCAAAUUUUGGGGUCGCUCAAUUCAACUUGACCCUGUUGGUAUUUUGACCUUGGAAUUUGAUGAUGGAGAAAAUUUUCGAUGGAGUAAGGUGACCACAUCGAUCUACAACCUUAUAUUGGGCAAGUUGUACUGUGAUCACUAUGGCACAAUGCGUAUACAGGGAAAUGGAAACUAUUCUUGCAAGCUUAAAUUCAAGGAACAGUCAAUCAUAGACAGAAAUCCUCACCAGGUGCAUGGAGUUGUUCAGGAUAAAAAUGGAAAAACAGUGGCAAAUCUAUUUGGAAAGUGGGAUGAGAGCAUGUAUUACAUAAUUGGGGAUUGCUCUGUCAAAGGGAAAGGCCUAGAAUCUUUGUCAGAAGCCCGUCUGCUAUGGAAACGGAGCCAGCCUCCCAAAUUCCCUACGAGAUAUAAUUUCACUCGCUUUGCCAUGACCUUAAAUGAACUAACUCCAGGCCUCAAGGAGAAGCUGCCACCAACUGAUUCGAGGCUGAGACCAGAUCAGAGGUGCUUGGAAAAUGGGGAAUAUGAUAUGGCUUACUCAGAGAAGUUGAGACUGGAGCAGAGGCAGCGACAGGCUCGGAAGAUGCAGGAAAGUGGAUGGAAGCCAGGGUGGUUCAGUAAGGAGAAAGGUUGCGAUACUUAUCGAUACGUUGGUGGCUAUUGGGAGGCUAGGCAAAAGAGGGCUUGGGAUUCAUGUCCUGAUAUCUUUGGCCAAAUCUCUGCAGACCAUAAUAAUAAUAAUAAUACAUCAAACUGAAUUAUACAAUUGAAUAACUCAUCCCAAAUUCCUUUGGGAAAAUAUUAUGGCAGUUUUCGAUCAAGGAUGAUGAUGACGACGAUGAUGAAGAACACAAUGCCGGGGCUAGUUCCAACUUCUCACCAAGAAAACAAAAGGUUAGAAGUAAAAACCAGCUCGCUCGCAGUUAUAGAUGUUUGGUUUGAAUCGUUAUAUUAAUCGGUAGUGGUUGUAUUAUUCCUAUUUUUUUUAUCGAGAAAUUAUUAUUAUUAUUACAAUCAAAAUCUUGUGCUUUUAUUCUACUUUGUUGUUAUUUUAGGAUGUUGGUAGUGAAUAAAGAUUGAAGAAAGGCACCAAUCAAUCUUGACUGUUUGAGUGGUUCAUUAUUUUUCUUCUUUA